AACACAAGACAAAACAAAAACAUUGAUUAGAUAAAUCCUACAAGAUGAAGAAAUUUGAGUGUCUUUUCUUUUGUAUUUCACUCUUUAUUGCCUUUUCUUGUUGUUUUGCUCAUGAGCCUCCUGCCCAAGAUACUCCACAAGCUCCUCCGAAAAAAGAAACACCUCCUCCAACCCAGAAAAAAGAAACACCUCCUCCAACCCAAGAGAAAAAAACACCUUCCGGUGAAACCACCGUUAGUAAAAAUGUUGAAAUCACCUUUAAAGGAUCCUUUACAAAGAUUUAUGCAUUUGGAGACUCAUAUACAGAUACUGGUAAUUGUUUUUACGUGGAAGGCCUCCAAUCUGCUCUUAUUAAGGUGUUUCAAAGUUCUCAGUAUGCCAAAGUUACUGGCUUGCAUGGCCAUAGAUUAAGCAAUGGACUGUUGGUGAUUGAUUUCCUCUGUAAGGAUAUUGGUUUGCCUCCAUUAGACGCAUAUAAGGAAACUAAACCUAAUUUCACUGCUGGUGCUAACUUCGCAGUGGGUGGAUCAACUUGUCUUUCUAGUGCAUUUUUUGCUAGUCAAAAGAAUUUUCGCAGUCUAGUAUGGAAACCAGUUCCUGAUAACACUUUGGAACAAAUAGAAUGGUUUAACAGUUACCUUCAGAGUGUGGGUUGCAAAGAGAAAGAUGAUGAAAAAUGCAAAACUCAAAUUGAAAACUCCCUCUUCUGGAUUGGUGCUUUAGGUUCUAGUGAUUAUGCACGUAUUUUGGGAUCUUCUUUUUCUGCUAAAUCACUUUCAGAAGCAUCUGUGGGUCAUGUCGGCCAAUUUCUUGAGUCAUUGCUAGAUAAAGGAGCAAAGUACAUUGUAGUUCAAGGGCUACCACCAGUUGGCUGCUGUCCAGUACAACUGCUCCUGAAUAAAGCAAAAGAGCAUGACAAAUUGGGAUGUUCAUCAGAAGUUAAUUCUAAGAUAAUGUCACAUAACGAGCUUCUCAAGAAGAGUUUGGAAGCUUAUAGAGAAGGAAACAAAGAUUGUGUAAUAAUUUUUGCAGAUACAUGGAAAGCAUACAUGGAAAUAUUAAAAAACCACAAGAAAUUCAAUUUUGAAGAGCCUUUUAAGGCAUGUUGUGGAGUUGGAGGAGGAGAACUCAAUUUUUGCUUGAAAAAUCUCUGUGGAUCAGUUGGCUCUACCACUUGUACGGAUCCUAACAAGUAUAUUAGUUGGGAUGGGAUUCAUUUCACUGAAGCUAUGAACAAACAUUUAGCGAAACUCUUAUUCCACGAAAAAGGCUAUUGUUCCCCAGAGUUUAAUGUUUUGAUCGAGGCCAGGAAGAAGGUCUCUGUCUCAGGUGGCGCCUCAGCUUCAGGUGGUGCUGCUUAGGCUAAAUGUAGUGUUGCUCAUUAUCAGAUGAGCUUAUUAAAGCAGCAAAAAGGGCGCUUGUGUGCUUAUUGUUCUGGCUACAGAUGUAGCAGCAUUGAAUAAGGCCCUAGUUGAACCGCUUAAGAAUAGGAACUUGCACUUCAAAUUUUCUUACCUUGUUUCGUUUGUAUAACAAGAAAGGUUUACUUCAUUUUUUUGACUUGCCAAUUAAGGGAUCCAAUUAAUGGAUUUGAAACGUUAUUUUACCUGUUUA